UUAAAAAUAUAAAUAUAAUACAUAGUUUGUGUGCGUAUAUAUAUAUAAAUGCAUCGACACACAUACAUAGUUUCUCCAUCAUCAUCUCGAGAUUUAGAAGAAAAAAAAAACUGUGGUGAUUAAGAAAUGGCGGCAAGGCUGCUAUCGACCGGAGACAGGCAAUCAACCUUGCCGGAAAAAUACAUCCGGCCAGCUUCCGACAGGCCGCGACUGUCGGAGGUGGGCGAGCUCCAAGAUCUCCCACUCAUCGAUCUCUCUUGCCCCGAUCGAUCUGAAAUCGUUCGACAGAUCCACCAUGCUUGCUCGAGAUUCGGAUUUUUCCAGGUGAUAAACCAUGGGAUUGGGAAAGAAGAGAGGGAGAAGAUGGUGGGAGUGGGGAGGGAGUUUUUCCGGCUGCCGGCGGAGGAGAAGAUGAAGCUUUACUCGGACGACCCGGCGAAGACGACGAGGCUGGCGACGAGCUUCAACGUGAAGAAGGAAGAGAUCCACAACUGGAGAGACUACCUCAGGCUCCACUGCUUCCCUCUCCACAAGUAUUCCCCCGAAUGGCCUUCCCUCCCUCCCUCCUUCAAGGAGGUUGUAAGUAAAUAUUGUACAGAAGUAAGAGAACUUGGUCUUAGAAUAGAGGAAUUGAUAUCAGAGAGCUUGGGGUUAGAGAAAGAAUACGUGAAGAAAGUGCUAGGAGAGCAAGGACAGCACAUGGCCUUGAACUAUUACCCUCCAUGCCCUGACCCUGAGUUGACGUACGGUCUUCCUGCCCACACCGACCCUAACGCCCUCACCAUCCUCCUCCAAGACACGACUGUCUCCGGACUCCAGAUCUUGAUCGACGGCAAGUGGUUCUCUGUCAACCCUCACCCCGAUGCUUUUGUCAUCAAUAUCGGCGACCAGCUCCAGGCAUUGAGCAACGGAAUAUACAAAAGUGUAUGGCAUCGAGCUGUUACGAACUCGGAGAUAGCAAGACUUUCGGUAGCCUCGUUCUUGUGUCCGGCCGACACUGCCAUCAUACGCCCGGCCGAACCCUUGACCGGAGGCUCGGCCGGAGCCAUCUACCGAGACUUCACCUACCCCGAGUACUACAAAACUUUCUGGAGCCGGAACCUCGACCAAGAGCAUUGCCUCCAACUCUUUAAAUCCAAAUAGAAUACAUAAAAACAGCAUUUCAUAUAUAGAUAUUAUCCCGCGACCAGACAUAGUUAUUAGAAAUAAAAAUUUCCAUCAUUCUUAAUUCUUAUAUAAACUCUUCACAAUUUGUUACUAAUGUGAAGCCUUUUGUAGUGGAGAUAUCGGACAAGAACUGUCGAUUGCUUUGGACCGGUCUUAUAUCUUCAUCUUAUGUCCGAACGGAGUGGGAUACAUUUUGCUGGAAUAUUCAAAGCAUAUUGCAA